CCGCGGUCGGCGGGACUUCCGUGUUGGCGGGAUUCUGAACGCUGCCAUGGCUCAGACCGUGCAGAACGUUACAUUGUCGCUAACGCUGCCCAUCACGUGCCAUAUUUGCUUGGGGAAGGUACGCCAGCCUGUCAUAUGCAUCAACAACCAUGUAUUUUGUUCCGUUUGUAUCGAUUUGUGGUUGAAGAAUAAUAGCCAAUGUCCAGCUUGCAGAGUUCCCAUCACUCCUGAAAAUCCUUGCAAAGAGAUCAUUGGAGGAACAAGUGAAAGUGAACCUAUGCUAAGUCAUACAGUCAGAAAGCACCUUCGAAAAACUAGACUUGAAUUACUUCACAAAGAAUAUGAGGAUGAAAUAGAUUGUCUGCAGAAAGAAGUAGAAGAGCUUAAGAGUAAAAAUCUCAGCUUAGAGUCACAAAUCAAGACUAUUCUGGAUCCUUUAACCUUGAUGCAGAACGACCGAAAUGAAGACAAACAUCCAGUUGCAGAUAAUCCAAGUAAAAUCGACUCUGAAACUGUAGCAGAGUGGAAGAAAAAGCUCAGAACAGCUAAUGAAAUCUAUGAAAAAGUGAAAGAUGAUGUAGAUAAGCUAAAAGAGGCAAAUAAAAAAUUGAAAUUGGAAAAUGGUGGCCUGGUGAGGGAGAAUUUACGACUGAAGGCUGAAAUUGAUAACAGAUCUCCCCAGAAGUUUGGAAGGUUUACAGUUGCUGCCCUUCAGUCCAAAGUAGAACAGUAUGAACGUGAGACCAAUCGCCUCAAGAAAGCCCUGGAACGAAGUGAUAAAUAUAUAGAGGAACUAGAAUCUCAAGUUGCACAGCUAAAGAGUUCAAGUGAUGAGAAGGUGUCUGUGAAUUCAAUUUGUCAGAGAGCACUCUCUGCAGAUGGCAAGGGGAGUAAAGGCAGCGAGGAGGACGUGGCAUCAAAGAGCCAAGGUGAUGGUGCCAGAAAGCAGCCUAGCUCAUCCACCUCGAGUUCUUCACAACUAGCAAAGCCUUCCAGCAGCAGACUUUCUGAUACCAGCUCUGCCUUGCAGGAAAGCACAAGUAAAACAGAACCAAAUUGUUCUAACAAAGAGCUUUAUCCAAAACAGGUAGAAAUAAUGUUAGAUGUGACAGAUGCAAGUAUGGAUACUUAUUUAGAAAGAGAGUGGGGAAAUAAAACAAGUGACUGUGUGCCCUACAAAGAUGAAGAACUGUAUGCUCUUCCAGCUCCUUGUACUCCUUUGUCGCUUAGUUGCCUUCAGCUCAAUACUCCAGAAAAUAGAGAGAGUUCUGUGGUCAAAGCAGGAGGUUCCAAAAAGCACUCAAAUCAUCUCAGAAAAUUGGUGUUUGAUGAUUUUUGUGAUUCUAGUGUCAGUAAUAAAGAUUCUUCAGAGGAUGCUACAAGUAGAAGUGAGAAUGAAAAGAAAUCAGACUGUUUUACUUCCCCAAAGACAGGGUUUUGGAACUGUUGCCCCACAAGCUAUACUCAAAGCUUGGGUUUUGAAAGCUCAGAGGGGAACACCAUAGCAAAUUCUGUUGGGGAAAUAACUUCAAAAUCAAAUGAGAAAUCAGGUUCAUGUUUAUCCAAAAGGUUAAAUUCUAUUCGCUCUUUUGAAAUGAACCGGACAAGAACAUCCAGUGAAGCGUCAAUGGACGCAGCUUACCUGGACAAAAUCUCUGAGUUGGAUUCGAUGAUGUCAGAGUCAGAUAAUAGCAAGAGCCCCUGUAAUAAUGGUUUUAAGUCAGUGGAUUUGGAUGCAUUAUCGAAGUCAUCACAGAGCAGUGAAUUUCUUGAUGAACCAGAUAAGUUGGAAGAAAGAACUAAGCCAAACCUUUCCAAAGGUUCUCUAACUACUGAUCAGUUAGAAAAUGGAAAUGAAUGGAAAUCCACUUCUUUUUUCCUUCUCCCUCCAUCAGACCAAGAAAUGAAUGAAGAUUUUUCACUCCAUCCCAGUUCCAAUCCAGGAACUAAUGAAAUCAAACCCCCAAGCUGUUUGUUUCAGACAGAGUUUUCCCAGGGUGUUUCGUUAAGCACUUCACACCGGCUAUUUGAAGAUCAAAGGUUUGGGUCAUCUUUGUUUAAAAUGUCCUCAGAGAUGCAUGGUCUUCACAACCACCUUCAGUCUCCUUGGUCUACUUCCUUUGUGCCUGAAAAGAGGAAUAAAAAUGUGAAUCAUUCCACGAAAAGAAAGAUCCAGAGCAGCCUUUCUAAUGCCAGCCCCUCAAAAGCAACUAAAAGUUGACUAAUAAGAAAGAUGUCAUUUGUGGUUUUGUCCUGCAAAGAAUAUAAAAGUUACUUUACUUGUUUUCAUGAAAAAGUUCCAUACAAUUUUGAAUUGUAAUCUUUAAAGAAGUCAAGUGUCAAGUUCGAAUGGUGGGUUAGCCUGUGCUCAGAAUACUGCUGUUCAUUUUAAAAGGA